AUGGUGCAGCCCGGCAUAGGGCUUGACACGCCCAGGACAAAUGUCGGCGACGCGACAUACCUCAGUCGGGCACCAGACUUCGAUAUCACCCAAGAACCCUCCUUCCAGUCCCCCAGCAAGGAGCCAAACGUCUUCCAGUCUCUGCGCAACGGCUCCGCCCGCCCAGGCUUGAGGACCCCACGCGCCACAAAGAACCGCGCUCCUUUCUCCGACAGGAUAAACCUCCCCGGCGGCAUCGGCGGUGCCGAGUUCACCCCCCUCCUAAAGUCUGCCACGCGAAAUAGUGCCCGCCGGCGCAGUGGCAAGGAAAACGGCCUCACCACGCCCGCGCUGGGUAAAAUCAGCGAAGACAUGAGUCCCGUCCAGGUCGGCGAGAGCAGCAUGUAUAGAUCCAGGGACCAGUCAUAUGUAGAUCGCACACCAUUGCCCGAAGCCGACAGCGAUAGUACCGCCUCGACACCAAUGAUCAUGCGACGCGGCAAGGGCGGCGAUGGAGGCCCACUGCAGGACGGCCAACAGCUGUCUUUGCGCGAGCAGGAGAAUGUGAUAGACAAGAUCGAGAAGGAGAACUUUGGCCUGAAGCUCAAAAUCCAUUUUCUUGAAGAAGCGCUGCGGAAAGCCGGGCCCGGCUUCGGCGAGGCAGCUCUCAAGGAGAAUACCGAGUUGAAGGUGGACAAGGUCACCAUGUCAAGGGAACUGCAGCGUUACAAGAAGCAUCUGACAUCGGCGGAGAAGGACCUCGAGAACUACCGCCAGCAGAUGACACAAUUGCAGGAAUUGGCAAGGAAAAAUCAGGGUUCUCACGAUCACUCAGCCGAGAUCGAAAAACUGCGUCGAGACUUGGACGACAAAGAGGCAGAUCUGGAAGAUAUGCAACAUCAAAUACAGUCUGAUUUACAAAACGUCGACAAAGUGGCGAAGCUCCAGGACGAGAUCGGCGAUCUGGAGGCCGAGCUCAGGGAGAAGGAGCGAGCUAUCAGUGAGCGUGACGACGAGCUGGACGAGUUGAGAUCGAGAGCCAGACAAACCGAUGACCAAAGCCAAGAUGAGGUUGAUCGUCUCAAGGACGACAUCGACGACCUGCGAGCCAACCUACAGGAAAAGGAUCGAGUCAUCACCGAGCACGAGACUGCGUUGGGUGAUCUCCGAUCCAGAGCUCAGCAGGCGGAGGACAAGGCAAAGAAAGCGCAAAUACGCAUGAUUGAGUUGGAGGAAAAGGCACAAGCCAGCGAUAAACUCAAAGAGGCCCAGGAAUCCAUCCAGGACCUCGAGGCAAACGUUCGAGACCUGGAGCGACAAGUCGAUGACGCCCAAGACAAGCUGGAAGACGCAUUGUCCGAAAAGGAACGUGCAGAGGCCGAUCUUGAGGAGCUCCAAGAAGAGAUGGCCAACAAGUCGGUAGUCACAAAGGGCUUGCCAAGACAGCUGGAGGAGAAGCUUGUGCGGCUUCAGGAUGAGGUCGAAGCAGGUCGUCACGAAUACCAAUCCCUGGAAAAUCAAUUCAAUACCAAGCAGGCGGAAGUCGACGAUUUGAAGUUCAAGCUGAAGGAUUCUCGCCAAGAGCAUGAGGCUUCAGAACGCGAACGACGGUCACUUGCCACCAGGAUGGAAGAGCUUCAGGCGGACUUGAAUUCCAGGAGCGAUGAGAAGAACCUGCUUCAGAGCCGGCACGACGCCCUGACUGCUGAGUCGGCUUCUCUUCAGCGAGAUAUCACCCGCUUGCAAAAGUCAAUGUCAGAUCUCCAAGGUGACCUGGAACACGAACGGCAACAUUCACUAAGCCUUGAACGGGAACUGCGAGUACAGUACAAAGCUGACUUUGACAAAUUGAACAACGAGAUUUCUGACCUACAAGCCGAGGUCCGUGAAAAGGAGAACCUCUACGACAAUGAUUGCGAGAAAUGGGAAACUGAGAGGCACAACCUCGAGUCAGAGCGGGAUCGAGCAGAAGAGCGCGUGCUUGGACUGCAGAAGACAAUUGAGAGGUUACGAGAUGCCGAGGGCAGUCUAAACGACAAAGAAUCAAAGUUACAGCGAGCACUUCAGAGUGAGACGGACCGGCAUCACAACGAGGAGGCGGUCCUCAGCCGGCAGAUCAAUGACCUGCAACAAGACCUCUCUGAUCGGCAGCAGGUGCUGGAGGAUCUUCGAAGCGAGCUCUCUGCUGUCCGUGAUGAGCUUCGACAGGCACAACUGGAUAAACAGACAGCGGCUGAGAAGGCCGAGGGCUUGGAAGACGAGGUCGAGGUUCUUCAGGUGGCACUGGACGAGGAGAGCGAGAAGUCAGCCCAAGAGAUCGAGACUCUGUCCAAGGAGUGUGAUGAUCUGCGUCAGCAACUUAGAGAGUUGCGUCGAGCUUCAGACGCUGCAAAUGCUUCGACAGACUCUUCCCGCCAGACAGCCGAGCUGAAUGCAAAGGCAAUGGAGCGUCUGGAGAAGCAGCUCGAUGAGUACAAGACCAAUCUCUCAAAAGCUAACCAAGAGAAGAGAGUCAGCGAACGAGAAUGCGACGAACUGCGACAGCAGCUUAAGGAGCUGCGGAGGCUCACCGAGUCAGCCAGAGCCUCGACCGAUGCGUCCCACGAGGAGGCCCAGUACAACGCCCGAGCCGUCCAGCGUUUGGAGAGCCAGCUUGCCGAGUCUAAAUACAACAUUGCACAAGUCACACAGGAGAAGAAGGACGUUCAAAGCCAAUUGACAAGCAUCCGGGCUGAGCUUCACUCUGUUCAGACCCGACUGGCUGAGACUCAAGCAGAACGAGAUGAGAUCGAUGUCGAACUGCAGCGCUCCAAACAGCAAGACAACGACACUUUCCAGAUCGACCAGGAGAGAAUCAAUUUGCGGGCGACAAAAGCACGUCUUGAGAACGAGAUCCGUCGUCUCAAGGAGGACAACAGGGUCCUGGCGGACCAGCGAGACUCCCUAGAAAAGACUCUGGAGGAUGAGCUCGACAAGGCUGAAGUCGAGGAAGAGCGCCUCAACCAGGAGAUCCUCUCACUGCAGACCAAAGUCAGACAAGCACAGGUCCCGGACACCCACGAUGUGUCCAAAGCUCGGCGUACCAUUCGAGAGCUGGAGCGUAAGAUUGAGAAUUACGAGCAUCAGCUUGCCCAGGCUACCAUUCCGAUCAAUACCCUGGAGGGCAACAGCGAACUAUCGCUGAUCAGGCGUGACCUUUCUGCAGCACGGCAAAAGGAACUUGAGUUCAUGCAGAAGGAAGGAGACCACAGAGCGCAAAUUCGGGGAUUGAAGCGCCAGAUAGGUGACCUCGAACGACGAGCCCACGAAGCGGAUAUCACGCGCAUGGCUCAGUCACCAAUGUCAGAGAAUGCCUCUGCCCGAAAAGCCGAGGUGUCGGAGCUUCGUCAUCAGCUCUCCACUGCUCACCAAUCCAUCAGCGACCUGAAGAAGAAGCUUCGUGAAUCAGAGCGCAACGCGGCGUCCGUGGAACGCGAUCUCCAGCGACAUCUUGAGAACGUCGAAGAUGAGAAGAUGGGUUUGGAGCAAGCGCUCGAGGACGCCCAGCUGGCGGCGGAGGAGGCAAGGGCCGAUCUCCAGGAGGCAUCGAACAAGUACAAGCGUAAGGCCGAGAGAUACAGGAAGGAGCGCGACUCGAUGACCGAUACUCUGGCGGCCACCCGGCGCGACAUGCGCAACCACAUGCACGAUUCCAGCAUCGCCUCCAGUGUUAGCAGCGUGGGCAACGGCACUGUGACAAGUGAAAUGACGCGGGAGGAGCGCCACGACCUCUACUCGAUACUCCGCAAGACGCAAGUUGAUGCGGACGCCUUGGAACGAGAAGUGCGUGAGCACAAGGAGGCCCUCGACGAGCUUGUCACACUCGAGAAAACCCUGCGCGUCAAGCUCGACCGCGCCAGAUCCGAGCGCGCACAAUACCGCUCUGACGUGGAGAAGCUGCAGCGCGACAUGAAGCAUCUCAAGAAGGGCAAGGACGAAGCCGAGAAGAUGGCAGAAGCAGCCAAGGCGGCAGCAGCCGUGGCCCGAGCGCGCGUCACCGUAUCCUCUGUAUCCUCGUCAUGGAAGGGCAAGGGCAAGGCAAAGGAAGUCAGCGAGCAAGUGCCACGGGCCGUCGAGCUGGAAGAGGUGGAUGACGACGACAGCGCCGCAGAAGCCGCCAACGACGACAACGCGGCCCGGGUGAUCCACUUCAGGGACGAUAACGACACCCAGGUGCACACGGACGCGAUCGUGCGGGCGGCCGAGGCGGCGGAGCACCGGCACGUCAAGCAGAUGCGAGGCAUGUGCAUGCAGAUGGAGUGGAUGCAGGCACGGUGGGAGAGGGAGCUGCGGAUGCGCGACGACGCGGCGUUUGCGAAGAAGUAUCUGCAGCUGGAGCUCAGCGCGAGGGAUACAUGCAACCAAGCGGACCUCCUCAAGCUCGAGGGCAUCUUCCAACAGCUGGGCAUGAAGGAGCGGCCGUACUCGCACGUGGCGGCGCACAAUGCGCGCACCAACACCAAGCGGCCCUUCACGCUCAAGCGGCUGGCGAUUGCGCUGCGGUUCAUCGCGAAGCUGCGGAUCGCGUCGCGCGAGUGGCAGAAGCACGAGAAGACGCGCAAGAUGCUCGCGGACAAGUGGGAGAGCUACAAGCGCGAGGACCGCAUCAAGAUGCACCAGCUGCGCUUCCGCGAGGCCCGCGCCCGACCCGGGUUCCCCUCGGCCAGCGGCGAGGGGAGGCUGAAGGGGGUCGUGCUCCCGUGA